AUGUCGUUUCGCUACACCAACAAUCUCGUGGGAGCGUUGAAGCACCGGCUAAUGCUGGAAAGCUCCCACCGGGAGUUAGUGCGACGGCGGUUUUCUGGCCAUUGCCGUGGAGUCGAAGUGGUCUGCAGCGGGUAUGGCACCGUGCUGGCUGUGCGCCUUGUGGAUAAGGCCGCGUGGGAACCGUUUUACCGUAAAGGAAACACCAUCCUUUCUGGGAAUGAGAAGGAUGAGACGGCGGAGAAGAAUAAAACAGGACCGUUGGAUUUUGAUAAACUUGCAGAAAGCAUCAAGACGGCACUCUGGGAUGCUACACGUAAGAUCCGAGCUGCGAAAGAGGCGGCACUUCAUCGAAGUCUCUCUCAUAAUCAACAGUUGCAAUCACAGGCAGAACUGAAGCAUUGGUAUGAAGAGGAUGCUAACACACUGGAACCAUUAGCUUUUGAAGCUCUUAAGCAUGAAGCUGCAACACCUUGGAUGCAGCUUGUUCAAUUUGGAAAGCGUCAAUCUGCUUCGACAAUGCUUCAUCAAGAGUUUAUAAAAGCGGAAAAUACUUCAUCAAAAGAUGAUACCUCAGUAGUAGCAGCAGCAACCACCACAAAGAUAGAAAGUGAUGAUGUUUUUGGAAAAGAAGAUAGUCCUUGUGUUACUGCAUUAAAUACAGAAGAUUGUGAUCCUGCUGCUACGCCUAUUGGAUCUGUACAUCCAUUAUUUGUGCCUGCACUUAUUCAAAUUGAGGAUAGCACACAGGAAAGUGUGGAUGAGGAUGCUAUUCGUCGAGAACAGUGGCGAGAGCUUUCACGUGAUGAGCAACUCUUUUGGGAACGCGUGGAGUUGAUUAGGAAAGGACAAAUGGCUACUAUUAAAGGUGGUCAUAAACGUGAUUACGCAGAUCAAGCUGCAGUCGCUCAUGAUAAUGCAGAAGAAAAGGUACAAUUGCGAUUUACACAGUAA